CAUGGAGAGGACAUUAUUUAGAAACAUCAUUGAACAUCACUGUUGAAAUAAAGAAUGCAGGACAUUGUUCACAUAUAGAACAGAGGCUAUUAAGAAAAAUGGGUCAAAUACAAAAAAAGACGUUCGAGUUCGAAAGAGAAUAGGUCACGGCCAUGUCACAAUAAAACAUUUCGUGCUGCAUAAACUCGGUGUUUGUUGAAAUAAUAUCGCUCAAAAUGCUUAGAAGAAAAGAAUUCAAGAAGUGUGCCAGAACGAAAGGAUAUAUUUAAUAUCUCUGGGUGUUGGUGAAAAUUUUACAUAAUAGUGGGGAUAUGCCCAGGAGAAUCAUUCUUAGCUCAAGAUGAUUCUAAUCUGAAAGCUAUUUCCGCACGACGUGAUACAUGCAGGUGAAGCACGGUGACCCUUAAACUUGGUGUCAAGUUCCCUUUAUUCACCUAUAAAAAUACGUAAAAUAUAAUGACUGCUGUUGAUAAAGAGUACAGUAUAGUUCCUCUCCACAAACGACCUGAUUUGAUUCCAGACUGUUGUACAUUACUUAAUUCAGAAUGGCCAAGGAGUGAAUCUGCAAGGUUGAAAUUUUUAAAGGUAUCAUGUGAUGAAUUUCCCACAUGUCUUGUACUAAUUGAUAAAGAAAAUAAAGUGCUUGGUCAUUGUAAGAUAUCAUUAAUACCUAGAUUACGUCAUAGUUGUUUUAUACAAUCAGUUGUAAUUGAUUACCAAUGUAGAUCUCAGGGACUUGGAUCUAAAUUACUACGUGGAGCUGAGGAAUAUGUAGCAAAAAAGGGGAUUAAAAAUGUGUAUUUAAGAACUGAGGGACAAGAAGUUUUUUACCUUAAAAAUGGAUAUAAGACAUGUGAUCCAUUUAAAGCAUAUGGAAUCAAUGAUGUUGUGUAUUCUACUGCAGCAUUUACUAAAGCAAAACUUAAAGAAAAAAGUACACAAUGUUGUGGUCCACCACCUCCACCAAUGCCAAACUUUAAAAUGCCAAGGUUCUAUGACUUGAGUCUUACAGCUCACAGAACACAUAUGGUUAAAAAAUUAUCUUAACAGCAAAAUGCAACAAAAACUUCAUGUUUCUAGAUCAGUUUUUUUUUCAUAUUCCAUGUGUAAAUGUUUUACAAAACAUAUCUUAUUUAUUUAUUUAUAAAAUUAUUUUUUUAAUCGUUCAUAAAUACAAAAAUAUUAUGCAUA